AUCAAGAUAAGUGAGCGUAUUUAAAAGCUGAUGUUUCCUCUUGUUCGGCACCUCCACGCAGGAAGACCACAAGCUGACACUGAGGAAGAAAACAAGAUCAUUCUUCAGCAGGGUUAAAUCGUCUCCACCACCAAGAUGCUGACUGUGCCUGUACUUGUUUUUGUCACGGUGGCUUUGGCCACAGCUAACGGUUCUAUUGUUGUUGUUGCUACCCGUGACGCUGCUGCUGCCCGUCACUUGGCUCUUGCCCGUCAAGCGGAUGCUGCCCGUGAUUUGGCUACUGCUCGUGAAGCUGCCUGUGCCCGUGAUGCAGCUGCUGCCCAUGGCUCAGCUGCUGCCCGUGAUGCAGCUGCUGCCCAUGGCUCAGCUGCUGCCCGUGACUCAGCUGCUGCCCGUGACUCAGCUGCUGCCCAUCAUGCCCAACGCUCAGCCUCUGCCCAACAUGCGGCUGCUGCACGUGAAGCUGGUUGUGCCCGUGAUGCAGCUGCUGCCCGUGAAGCUUCUUGUGCCCUUAAUGCAGCUGCUGCCCGUGAAGCAGCUACUGCCCGUGAAGCGGCUUGUGCCAGUGAGGCAGCUGCUGCCCGUGAGGCGGCUGCUGCGAGUGACGAUGCUGCUGCACGUGACGCAGCUGUUGCCCGUGAAGCCGAUUGUGGCCUUCGCGCAGCUGCUGCUCUUGCCGAUGCUGCCGCCCGUGAGGCUGCCUGUGCCCGUGAUGCAGCUGCUUCCCGUGAUGAAGCUGCUGCCCGUAAUGCAGCUGCUGCACGUGAAGCUGUUUGUGCUCGUGAUGCAUCUUCCGCCCGUGACGCGGCUGCUGCCCAUGAAGCUGCUUGUGCCCGUGAUGCGGCUUCUGCCCUUGAAGAUGCUGUUGCCCGUGACGAUGCUGCUGCCCGUGAUGCUGCUGCUGCCCGUGACGCUGCCUGUGCUCGCGAUGCAACUGCUGCCCGUGACGCCGCUGCUGCCCGUGAAGCUACUUGUGCCCGUGAUGCUGCUGCUGUCAAUGCAGCCUCUGCUGCCCGUGAAGCAGCUGCUGCACAUGCCGCAGCUGCUGCCCGUGAGGCUGCUUGUGCUCGUGAAGCAGCUGCUGCCCGUGACAAUGCUGCUGCCCGUGAAGGUGCUUGUGCCCGUGAUGCAGCUGCUGCCCGUGAGGAAGCUGCUGCCCGUGAUGAUACUGCUGCUCGUGACACGGCUGCUGCCCGUGAAGCUGCUUGUGCCCGUGACGCAGCUGCUGAACGUCAUGCAGCUGCUGCCCGUGACGCUGCUUGUGCCCGUGAUGCAGCUGCUUCCCGCAAUGCAGCUUCUGCACGUGACGCGGCUGCUGCCCGUCAAGCAGCUGCUGCCCGUGAUGCUGCUUGUGCUCGCAAUGCAGCUGCUGCCCGUAGCGCUGCUAGUGCCCGUGAAGCUGCUUGUGCCCGUGAGGCAGCGGCUGCCCGCGAUGAUGCUGCUUCCCGUGAUGAUGCUGCUGCCCGUGAUGCGGCUGCUGCCCGUGAAACCACUUGUGCCCGAGACGCAGCUGCUGAACGUGAUGCAGCUACUGCCCGUGAGGCUGCUUGUGCCCGUGACGCGGCUGCUGCCCGUGAGGCUGCUGCUGCUGCUGCUGCUGCCCGUGAGGCUGCUGCUGCUGCUGCUGCCCGCGACGCAGCUGCUGCCCGUGACGCGGCUACAGGCAGUAGUGCAGCUGCUGACCGUGACGCAGCUGCUGACCGUGACGCAGCUGCCCGUGACACUGCCACUGUCCGCGCUCCUUCUUGUGGCAAUCGUUGGCAUGAGCACCAAAGUCGCUGUUUCCAGUUCAUUCCAAGAGACCUGACGUGGGCUGACGCUGAGAGAAACUGCCAGAGCAUGAAUGGAAACCUUGCAGCGGUGCACACGAUGGAGGAGUACACGUUCAUUCAGGAACUUAUACAUUCAGUCAGCAUGAGUAAUCGUCAAUCCUGGCUUGGAGGCACUGACUGCCAAGAGAACAAUGUUUGGUUCUGGAGUGAUGGCUCGAGCUUUACCCCUCUGAACUGGUGUCCAGGACAGCCUACAGACAGCUUUGUGGGUCAGAGUUGUCUACAGAUGAAUUCUGGAGAUAAUAACUGCUGGGCUAGCCAAGCUUGUGCUGUUGGGCGUCCAUCUGUCUGUGCUUACGACCUGUAGCAGCUCCUGAGCCGACACACGCAGAGACAUGUCCUAUCAACCAAACACACAAACAUCAUCUGUGUGUGACAGCGUGUGUGUCUCUGUGUCAUCAGCCUCAUGUGUAAUCACAUCUUUAAUUCUCUAUUUGACCGUAACGCUGCUAAAGGGACGAAGCGACAAGUGACGUGAACAGGAGCUGGACUUCCUCUUUGUUCAGAGGAGACUGAACGUGUUGAGUAACGAAUGCUUUUAGCACAAAACAAUCUUUGAAGCACAAUAAAAAAAAAAAAAAGCUGGAGCAUUUAAA